GCCGGGGGAGGGGUACGGGAGGGCGGGGAGAAGAGGGCGAGGACGACGAGGAAGAAAAUGGAAAUGGCCGCGACUGAGGUUAGGGACUCCGGGGAGAGAGCGAGCUGGAGAGGCGUCGCUUUGGCACCCUGACAAGAACCGGGAUCAGGGAGAGACUUAAACGGACGGAUGGAGUCGUGGGGCACAGGCGCCGGAGGAAGAAUCGGGGAAGGGGAUACUUCGGGUCUCUCAGGUUUAUUAUUUCCGGUGGAACCGGAAUCCAGUGUUUGUAAUAUGAUGAAAGAAGAUGGAAAACAAUAUUGUCAAUCCCUAAAAAAACAUUUCUAACCUGGCACCAUAUUUUAAAUAGUCCCUUGACAUCAUAAAUGGUGUAUAUUAAAACAGAGAAAAUGGAACAUUGCCUCUUCUACAAAUACUUAAUGGAAAGACCUGCAAAAGAUUAUUGCAUCUGUCUUGCAUCAGAUUUGGAAAAAAUGUAUACAUUUAUUUGUUGAGCUAAAUUUCAGUUCACAUAUAAUACACUAGAUCCUAAGUAGAAUAAAAAGAGAGCUUUUGUGGAUACUUGUAUUGAACAUGACUCAUGGAGAAGAUCUUGUCUCUGAGAUGCACCAGGAUUCCAUUGUUCUAACUUACUUAGAGGGAUUACUAAUGCAUCAGACAGCCGGAGGUUCGGGUUCUGUGGAUGACAAAAAGCCUACUGGUAAUGCUGAAGAUCAAAAUUUCAGUGUUUCUGGAAAUGCAUCUCCCAGCUGUCAGAGAGAUGGUGUACCUAACACGCAUACAUAUAGAAAUUCUGGCAUGUUGCAUCAUAAAAAGGCAAGAUUGCUACAGUCUUCUGAAGACUGGAAUGCUGAAAACAAAGGGCGAUUGUCUGAUUCUCUUGUGGAUAUAAAUGAGAAAAAAGAAGUGGUGUUGGCUGGCAUGGUUGAAAAUGUGCCUAAAAGCAAGCAAGAUAGCACAUUGCUGGCUUCCUUACUACAGUCAUUUAGCUCUAGGUUGCAGAGUGUUGCUUUGUCACAACAAAUUAGGCAGAGCCUUAAAGAGCAAGGAUAUUCGCUCAGCAAUGAUUCCUCGCAGGUAGAGAAAGACUUGAGGUGCUAUGGUGUUGCAUCCAGUCACUUGAAGACUUUGCUAAAGAAAAACAAAUUGAAAGAUGAAAAACUGGAGCCUGGUCUGCCAGAGCUAACAACAAACCUAGUUCAAGAUCGGUUUAAAGAAUCUACACAUUCAGGACAGAGUGGUUCAAAAGCAAUGAAUGAAUCACUUUCUUGUGCUGCAAGAUUACAAGCUGUUGCAAGCAUGGUAGAAAAAAGAUCUAGUCCUGCUGCAUCCCCUAAGCCAAGUGUUGCCUGCAGCCAACUUGCUUUGCUUCUUUCAAGUGAAGCACACUUGCAGCAGUAUUCCAGGGAACAUGCUCUAAAAGCACAAAAUGCCAAUCAAAUCGCAAGUGAGAGACUUUCUGCUAUGGCAAGAUUAAAAGAAACUGUUCCUCCAAAAGAUGUUGGUCAUUUUAAACUAUCAAAAGGAAUGGAAAGCCAUUUGAAUGGUCAGGCAAGAUGUUCAAACAAAACAAUAACCAAUAAAAGCAAUAUCACAAAUUUUCAAAGUCAUAUGGGCAUAAUUCAUUCAUCUCCAAAAAUUAUAAACUACAAAACAGAAAAAAGUCAUAUGAAACCACCUACUAACAGUAGUUUACUUUUGCACCUCUUGAAAAAUCAUAGUACUACUAAGCAGACCAAACGAUAUGAACAAAAUGACAGGUCCAGUGUUUUUGAGGAAAGCAGUACACCAACUACUGUUGAUGAAUACUCUGACAACAACCCAAGUUUUACAGAAGAUGAUAGUAGUGAUGAUGAGAGUUCCCAUUCAAAUUGUCUUCCUAUAGAUUUGUCUUUCAAACAAAAAACAAAUACUCAAGAUUCAGGGCAGACAGCUUCUCUAGACAAUUUAACUCAAUCCUUGUUUCAUGGUUGGGAAUCAAAAGUCCCAUGUCUGGAAACCAUAGAAGAAAAGGAUCCUUCUAAAAAUACAAAAUUGAAUCCACAUCAAAAAGUAACUUUACUGCAAUUGCUACUUGGUCAUAAGGAAGAAGAAAACUCACCUAAAGUUAAAGAAACCGAAGGAACAUUAGGUCCAACUGAUGUGGCGAAAUUUAAUUUUUCAAUGAGUAACAGAAGUCCUAUUACUGAAUCCUCUAAUACUAAUCGAAUAAUUCCAAUACAUACUCCUCCUUUGCAAACUUCUACAAAAGCAGAUUCACCUAUCAACCUUUCACACAAUUCUCCUUUAAUGAUAAAAUGUAAUUCUCCGCCAUAUACUUGCAUCAUACAGCCUGAGAGACUAACUAAUCCAGCUUCUAAGCACUUGAUAGAUCUUACUAUUCACAAAGAACUUCAUGGAAGUAAACAGAAUAAAAAAGAAACUUUACAAACACCUUCAUCUUUCAGUGCAAGUAAACUAUUGCAAAACUUAGCUCAAUGUGGGAUGCAGUCUUCCAUGUCAGUGGAUAACCAAAGACAAGCAAGCAAACAAGUGAUGACUCUUAACACUGAGAAACCAGUAGGAUUGAUAGAUGGACUAAAUACUUCCCUGCUUCAUAACACAUCAUGUACACUUGAAAAAAACAGAAUGCUCACUAAUCAGUUUCUCCCAGGAGAACAAAAACUGCCCAGUUCAGAAAUCCAAAAUCUGCUAGAACGACGCACCGUGCUCCAGUUACUUCUGGGAACCGCCAACAAAAAUAUGAAUGAAACAAAGGAAAAAAUAUUUUUAAAAGAAGAGAGUUUACAAGAUCCAACAGAAAAAGUUUUGAAUGAACAAAUACUAACUGUAAAAAUAAAAGCUGAGCCUUCUGAGGAAGAAUCCAGUGCCCUUCAGAAUUCAAAUGCUCAACAAAUAACUGAAAAUGUUAAUAAGAAAUUUCCGGAAAUGGCUCAUUCUUUAGAGAGAAAUAUAGCUAUUUCUCCAGCAUCAGAAGAAUUUCAGUCCCAGUCUCUUACAUCUCAAGACUUUUCCUUUUCGAAGAAUGGACUUCUAAGUCGAUUGCUGAGACAGAGUCAAGAUGGCUGCUCUGCAGAUAUCCUGGACAGGACAAACCAUGAACAGAGUUUUGUGGAAUCAAAAAAUCACAGUAUGCUCCCCAAAAAGAGAAAAUUGCAUUCUGAUUCUUUAGAAGGUCCUUUAAAAAUACUAAAAAGUAAUAAAUGUAGAAUAUCUGAUGUCACAAACAAUCACAAGUCUACUACAGAUUCUUUGUAUGGCAGCUGUCUUAACCAAAAAGAAUCUAAAUUCAUCAAAACUGAUUUUGAAAUAAAAUAUUCUUCAGGUUAUGGGUCAAAUAAUGAAAGUGAAAACAGAAGUUGGUCUAGAGAAAGUAAAGGAUUUAAUGUGCUAAAACAACUGCUUCUAUCAGAAAAUUGUGAAAAAGAUAUGUCUCAGCAUAGAAAUAAUUUAUUAGUAACAGAUGGCAAAAAGAAAGGAAGCAAACAUAACCUAACAAAUAAUGACAAGGCUGAAUUCAAUGUUUCUCCUGUGCAUACUCUCAUAGGGAACCCCGGACAACCAAGCAAUUGCUUGGACUACCAGACAUUUCAAUAUUCAGUUGCUAUGAAGAGUCCUGCCAGCUCUCCCUUCACUGAACAUUUGGGAGGCACAGUAUCAUCAAAGCCAGAAUGUGACCAGUUUAGCAUUUGUCAUAUACCUAAUGAAAGGGGACCUCUAAAAUGGGUCAUCACUGAUUCUGACAAAAAUGACCUUGAGAGAGACUCCCCAAGACUGACCCAAACUAAUCCAAUAUUAUAUUACAUGUUACAAAAGGGGGGAAACCCUAUUAAUAUUCAGGAAACCCAUAGCAAAGAUGCUUGGAGAGAUAAAUCAUUUAUAGAAAAUUCAUCUGUCACAAUGAAGAAAGAGUUGUCUCCUGUCAGAGAAUGUAAAACAUUUCCUAAUAGAAGAAAUGCAUACAGCAGCCAUUCAAAUAAUAGGGUGUCCAUUCAACACAACAGAGAAGUAUAUGGACUCUUAGAAAAGGUAUUAACAAUAAAAAAAGAACCUGAAUAGGUUAAAAUCUUACAAAGAGUUUACAAUCAAGUUUGAAUAUUUUAUUUGAAUAAAAUAAUGUAAAUCUAGCAUGAUUUGAGAAGAGCAUGGUAUAGCUAUGGUUUUAUUUGAUGAGGUUUUUUUGCUGAUAUUUAAGAUGCAUACAGCUUUUGUUCUUUAUUUUUGCUUUACUGGAAAUUUAUCACAAUACAUGUCAUCACGACUUGUUAAUUAUAUAAAUGUCCAUGAGUAAUUUGCAGCUGGAUUGUACUCAGUGAGUAACUGCUAUUACUGUCCUUGCACAUAACUAUGUGCUUAUGUAAACCCAUAAUAUUUUCCUUACAUGUUUCAAAACCAUGAAAGUGAUAAAUCACAGACACUUCAAAAAGCUGUAUGUGAUUUGGAGGAUCACAUGUACCUGGAGGAGUGUAGGAAAACUAUAGAGACAAAAGCAACUGUAGUAAGAUAUGUAAAACAGGAACAUUUGGAGAUACUGUUGUUACGCAUGUAAUGCAGUAUUAUUUAAAUAUAAGGUAGAAGGGCAUCUUCAACAUAUAUUUUCUCUUCUCUCACAACUGGGCUACUACCAUCUUGUAUUGUCUGCUCAUUUAUAAAAUGUGAAGAAUAUUUUUAUAUAUAUAAAUGGAUCAUCAUCCAGGCCAAGUCAUUUAUUUCUUGUUUUUGUAAUACUUAUCAGUGUUAACUAGAGAAUUGUACACAAUGAAAUUUCUAGUGCUUCCAAAUGGCUUGUAAUUUGUGUUUGCAUAAUUGGACAGAACCACAAGAAAUACUGUCUUUUCUUUAGUUACCUUUUCUAGAUACUCAGCUGAAAUAAAUUAAAAUCUAGGUUGUGACUUUAAAAAAAUAAUGAAGCUGAAUCAUAAAUUACUGGCAGUAAAAUAUAAAUCUUUCACUACUUUUAAUUGUUUAUUUAUUUACAUUUAUUCAAAUUUUCCAGGGAAAUUAACAUAUUAAUAAAGCUGAAAGAUUCCAGACUCAUGCUUAAAAAAAGAAAAAAAAUUGUGAUAGUCAAUCUAUCAUUGUGGUCUUUUUUUCAUGAAUUCUAUAAAAGAUUUAUAUAGCUAAGAUGAAAGAUGUAUAAAUUACCAAAUGAUCUAAACCAGUUCAUGAUCAUUUCUAAACUUUUUCUAUCCUAGCAGUAAGAAAGGAAUUGUAAAUUGGAAGAACUUAAUGAUCUAAAUAUUUAAAUGCCUUAAAAUAAAUAAACUCUAAAUUUGAAUGUAGAAUUGGAAGAUAUUGUAAAGUAAAUAAACUAAGCAUCUACUAGUGUGAAAGAUGUUAUUUUAUUGAUUCAUGAAAUUCCAGAUACCUAGAGGGGAAAGUGGCAAGAAACAUCAUUAAUAAAUGUAUUAUCCUCAAAAUUGCUGGUUUAAUUUAUUCCUCUAGGCAUGAAAUACAUGUUAAACAUAUUACAAUGCUAAAUAAAAAUAACUUUUAAAUUUAGAUUAGUUCCAAUAAAAUGGUGGAUUGUUUAAAAUUCUAUAUGAUUUUGAAAUAUCAAGACUGGUACUUUUAUAUAUAAUUUUUGCAUAUAAAUUUUAUUAUGAUUAAAUCCAGAUCAAUUCAAGUCUUCCACAGGUUUGGGUAUAAUUGCAUUUGACAAAAAGCCAAGUCUAGUGCAGGUCAGCUCAGCAAGUUCAGCUAUGUUGAAAAUAUGUGUGUAAUAAUUAUUAUUGGCAGACUAAACUUUUAUAUAAAAAGGUACGUAUCAUUGGAUAUAUAACAUUUUAACUGGAAAAAAAACAACCCUGAAAGGUUAUGCUGAGAGUAAAUGAGAAGGCUACUCUAAUUGAAAAUCCAGAAAUUUAUUUCCACAAUAAUCAGAAUACCAUCAAAUAAUUACGAAUAAAAUGUAAAUAGCAUAACAUCAUUCAAUUGUUUCCCAGAAACUGCCAUUAUUCCUUGAGAAGUUAGCAUAAUAUCCAGGUGCUAUCAGUAACUUUAUUUUCAUAAUUUCACCUAACCCUCAUUACAGCUAUUACAUGACCCAUAGCAGUAGCAGCAAAUUAUAAGUCUUGCUUCAAUUCCUAAGUGUAAUAUUGAAGUUCAAGUCCUAUGCUCAUUAUAGGUGGGGGAAAAACCCCAAUCAAAUUAAAUUGUUUAUUGUGUGUGUAAAACAUGGACAAUGUGUUUUGUUAUUAAAUGGAACAAAUACAUUGUGCCUUGGAAGUUCUGCUGAAUUAUUACAGGUGGUUGUGAUUCAGCAGAACUGAAACCCAGGAUAUUUUGGUUGUUGUAGAUUUCAUCAAAACUGAAGACUGGAAGUCUCUUACAAGAGGAAUAAUACAUUUCUCCUUUAUCUUCUACAUGCCCUGUACAGCAGGUCAUUUACCAAUCUUCCCUAUAGCAUCUUUUCUCUAGUUCUCAUUAUGCUAUGCUUGAAGGCAAGUACAUCAGUAGCAGUUAAAGAGAGCUAGUGAAAGGAUGAUCUGGGAAGAUUCAGAGGGUGGGCAUACUAAAUGAAUAGGCAGAGUUGAACUCAAGGAUAUCGAUCUAUGGAGAUGCUCAGUCAUGUUUGUUCCAAAGGUGCUUUUUCAAAAGGCAACUGGACUUAAUGUUUUUCUUGAUGUUUUGUUGAAGACUAAAGAAAUUUCUUGGAUGAGAAGCAAAACUUCAAGAAAAAACAAAGUCCACUUGCCUUUUGAAAAGGCAAACCCAAUAUCUUUGGGUCAAAGAUAUUGGCAACAGCUGUGCCCCUGCCUACCUACUCUGUAUUCCCAAGCUGUUCCUUUAUAUUUUCUAGCUAUUCUCAAUUUAAUGUCUUUUGCUUUUGCCCAUUGGCUCUUCUCUCCCACUUUCAACAAUACAUACUUUGGCCUAGGUGAAACAUAACCAAAAAUGAAUUUUCUAUGCAUGGAAUUGUUCAUGUAUAGAACGAUUUAGAAGUUUCAAUAGACAUGAAUUAAUGCACGAUUAUAGUGCAAUCUUAUAAUGUAUUCUCAAAUAUAACUUCUUUUGAAUUCAGAAGAUUUUAUUCAAAUACAGUUGGGAAGCAGUUUUUUAUGUGUUACUUUGCCUUACAGCAUUUAGAAUCAGCCAUUUUAAUAUAGAAUGUCAAUUUUCAACUAUUAAGUUAUAUUUGAGAUCAUGUUUAAUGGGCUUGACUGGUUUAUUGGGUCUCAAACAAAUAGGCAUGACAAUCUGGCUAAAACCUUUUUUGCAUUGUUUUUAAUAAUACUUUAGUUGCUUUGCACUUCUUGCCACUUCAGCACCUCACACACAUGUAUUAUUUUGAUAAUGAUCAUUAGUUAGCAUUGCAUUAUUAGUAUUUUAUAUUAGACAUUUCUAAAUAUUUCUAAAAUUAGAAAUAUUUAAACUGCAAACCUCAAAAUACCACAUUUAAUGUCUCAACUCAACUCAACACCAGACUUAUGGUUAUGGGGGAUUUCAACCUGCCGACCGUCGGUGAAAUGUCUGAGGCGGCUCGGGAGUUCAUGGCUUCCAUGAUGGCCAUGGACCUGACCCAGUUAGUUCAUGGCCCUACACACAUAGAGGGACACACUCUGGACUUGAUUUUCAUCUCUGGCCAGUGGCUGAAUGGUUUAGAUAUGGGGGAUGUAGUGAUUAAACCCUUGUCAUGGUCUGACCAUUCUCUCCUUCAACUUGACCUUCAAACCGCUACACCCCACUGCAGGGAGGCAGAACCGACGAGGUGGUUCUGCCCCAGGCGCCUGAUGGAUCCUGGUAGGUUCCAGACGGAGCUUGGGCCAUUCCCUGAGGCUCUGGCUCACGACCCGUCUGAAGACCUGGUGGCCGCCUGGGAUAGAGUGGCCGCUGGAGCUUUGGACCAUGUCGUGCCUUUGCAGCCUCUGACCUGCCGCCGAUCUCACUUAGCUCCCUGGUUCUCUGAGGAGCUGAGGGAGAUGAAGAGCCGGAAAAGACGCCUAGAGAGCAGUUGGAGGGCUAGCCUUUCCUAAUCCGACCGAACACUGGUAAGGUCUCAUAUUAAGACCUACCUAGUGGCGAUAAAAACGGCAAAGUAUCUGCCUGACAAAGUCGUUCAAAUUCGGGAAGGCGUGGACUCUGGGUAGAUAAAGGCGGGGUGAUGGAGACAGGUCUUGAGAGUGUUAUCUGGGAGGAGUUUGACCUAGUGCCCCUGAAGACAUGGACAGGAUUCUGGGUAAACUUAGCGCGGCCACAUGUUUAUUGGACCUGUGUCCCUCCUGGCUGGUGCUGGCUUCCCGGGAGGUUACACGAGGCUGGCUCCAAGGGGUUGUUAACGCUUCUUUGAGAGAGGGCUACUUUCCCACUUCCUUGAAAGAGGCGGUGGUGAGGCCUCUCCUCAAGAAGCCCUCCUUGGACCUGGCUGUUUUAGCAAAUUAUCAUCCAGUCUCCAACCUUCACUUUGUGGCGAAGGUUGUUGAGAGUGUGGUGGUGCGAAUUCCCCCAGUACCUGGAUGAAGCAGUCUAUCUCGAUCCGUUCCAGUCGGGCUCAGGCCUAGGCACAGCACGGAAACGGCAUUGGUCGCAUUGGUUGAUGAUCUCUGGAGGGCUUGGGACAAGGGCUGUUCCUCUGUCCUGGUCCUGUUAGAUCUCUCAGCGGCUUUUGAUACCAUCGACCAUGGUAUCAUGCUGCACCGGUUGGAGGGGUUAGGUGUGGGGGUCACUGUGUUGUGGUGGUUCUCCUUCCUCUCUGACCGGUCGCAGUUUGUGUUGAUGGGGAGCCAGAGGUCGACCCCGAGGUUCCAUGUAUGUGGGGUGCCGCAGGGGUUGGUUCUCUCGCCCCUUCUGUUCAACAUUUAUGUGAAGCUGCUGGGUAAGAUCAUCCGUGGUUUCGGGGUGAAGUACCAUCAGUAUGCUGAUGACACUCAGCUGUACAUCUCUACCCUGGACCACCCCAAUGAUGCUCUUGAUGUGAUGUCCUGGUGGCCGUACGGAUCUGGAUGGGGAGAAACAGGCUCAACCCAUCCAAGACCAAGUGGCUGUGGCUUCCGGCAUCCCAAUAUAGUCAGUUGGUGCCAUCUCUGACUAUUGGGGGCGAGUCGCUGGCCCCCACAGAGAGGGCUCGCAACUUGGGUGUCCUCCUGGAUGCACGGCUGUCUUUAGAAGAACAUGUGAUGGCCGUGGCCAGGGGGGCUUUUUAUCAGGUUCGCCUGAUUCGCCAGUUGCAUCCCUUUCUGGAUCGGGACUCCUUACGCACGGUCACUCAUGCCCUCGUCAUUUCCCGCCUGGACUACUGCAAUGCUUUCUACAUGGGGCUCCCCUUGAGGAGCACCCGGAGGCUCCAGCUGGUCCAGAAUGUGGCCGCGCAAGUGAUUAUGGGAGCUCCCAUGUCAUGGCGCUCCCAUGUAAAACCUCCCCUGCGUGAACUGCAUUGGCUUCCGGUGAUCCUCCGGGUGCGAUUCAAGGUGUUGGUGACCACCUUUAGAGCGCUCCAUGGCUUAGGGCCAGGAUAUUUACAGGACCGCCUUCUGCCACCGAGAGCCUCCCACCGGCCAGUACGCUCCCACAGAGAGGGGCUCCUCCGGGUGCUGUCAGCCAAGCAAUGCCGACUGGCGGCCCCCAGGGGGAGAGCUUUCUCUGUGGGAGCACCUGCCCUCUGGAACACACUCCCCCCGGAGAUACGGAUGAUUCCAGACUUACGUACUUUCCGUCGGGCCCUCAAAACCUUUUUAUUUCAUCAAGUCAGUCUGGCCUAAUCUCUCCAAUUGUGUAUUUUAAUUUGGAUUUUUAAUGGGGGAUUUUAACUGUCGGGCCAAAUUGUUUAAUUCAUUUUUAAAUUGUUUUUAUAUUUUGUAUUUGAUGUUUUUUACUUCUGGCUGUUCACCGCCCUGAGUCCUUCAGGAGAAGGACGGUAUAUAAAUUUAAAUAUUAAAUUAAAUUAAAUUAAAUUAAAUUUACUUCCUUGACAGAGCAAAACUUAGAAUUGCAUCAAAAUUAAAUUAUGUAGAUCACAUGCCUGAACUUGUUUUGUGUAAUGCAGUUAAGUAUUUAGAUGCUAAGUGAAGAGAAAGGUUUGAUUUGAAGAAAAAGCACAUAUUCCUACAAGUGCUUUACUUUCAGCCCUGACCUCAGGGCUGAGAGCUAAAAAACAAAAAGCAGUAAAUUGACUUUAAAAGUUAUUUUAGGAAUUAGGGUUUAUCCACUCCUGUUUCUUUAUUUUUAUUUCUUUUUUGGAUCCUAUCUGGAUCUCUAAUCCUCCGUAAAUUCAGUUACAAAAGCAUAAAAUAUAUACAAAAGCAUAAAAUACAAAAGUAAUAAGUAAUAUUUAUCUCAUUCUUCCAUCAUAUAAAAGCAAACAGAAAUUGAGAUAUCCCCAACAUUUUUUAUUCUAUUUUACUAGGAAAAAUGUUUUAUUUUCCACACUUGGCUGUGACACCAUGAAUAUAAUAGGGCUUACUUCCAAGUAACUAUUCAUAAUCUUGGUUUGCACAACUGAAUCACAUACAUGCUUACCUGCAAAUAAGUACUGCUCAGAUUUUGCACAAGUGCAGCACCUCCAUUUAUUCACUAAAUAGGCAAAUCUUUUUUCAGGUUUUCCAAGUGAAUCUGAAAAGAGAUGUACUUCUUUAAGAAAUCUGAGUUUCAAUGCAAUACCACCUUUUUUUCAGGGCCAGGCUGAUCUAAUGAAUAGCAGAAAUCUACUGUAAUUUCUCAAGAUCAGAAAUACUUGAUUUUUGAGGUGUGCUCAACCACCUUUAUGUUUUUCUAUAACAAGAAAUAAGUGUUUAAUUUUUUGUUGAUAUUUCAUUUCCCCCUGGACUGUCACUAAUGAGAGCAAAAUAUUACCAGUUAAUUCUCUGCUGCAUCUUAGUUGAGUAAACUGGCAAGUUAUAUUUUAUAUCUAUAUCUAUAUAUAUGUAUACAUAUGUAAAUAUGUAGACUUCUUAACAUGUUUAAUUUUUUUUCUAAAAACUGUGAUGUAAAUAGUGUUUUCUUUAAAAUACAUAUUUUGUAUUAUAUCAAAUGGAAAGAAAUUAACAUUUUGAUCAUUUUGUUCUGUAUAUUCCAUGUAUUAAUAAAUGUAAAUAUUAUUGCAUAGGUUUAACAUUUUGCAUGUAUGUAUACAGUGCAAGUCUGGAGGAAUGUAUAGAAAUGUUUUAUUUAAAAUUGUAAUUAUUGCUGCAUGAUAAAUGCAUGGGGGACCCUGUGCAUCUCUGCAAUGGCAAAAAUUGUUAAAACCAGAUUAUCCAACAUCACUGUAUUCUGUUUCUGAACAUGACUUCUGCUAUGGUAUUUCAGCUUUGUAAAAGAAUGUGCUUCAAAGGAAAGAGCCUGGGGAAAAAGAACUACCUUCUUUAAAACAAAAAUAUCCUCUCUUGCCCCCAAUCACAAAUAUUGUUUAUGUUUUUAAUUCCAUUUAAAGCCACUGAAAUUCUAUUGCAGUAUUUUCAGAUAAUGUAACCUUGUUUUGCAUUGACAUAGAUACAAAUUAUGGAAUUUAUACAGCCUUUUUUGUUGUGAAGUUUUCACUGAUUAAAAAAAAUAAAAAUUCUCAUUUUAUUAAGACAUGACUUAUUCAUGUAAUGUCGCAAAACUGUACAUAUGGCAGUGUGAAAUUUUUUAAAUUCUCAGUGUUUACUUCCUGCAGAAAAUUUGAAUAAAUGAAAAAAUGCAUUGAA